AUGCCAAGCCGCAACAUAAGAGCUCAUCACCCUGCAGACCAAGGGUUCAAGACGUCAAAUGGCAAUGGAUUAAUAGAACCAUUUGACUUUGUAUGGCCGAAAUGCCCUGCAGGAAUUAAGAACGCACCUAUGAUAGCCAAGUGGGAAGUACACCGCAUCGCAUGCCACUGCUCUGUGGACCUGGAGGAUGUCUUGAUAGAGUAUCGUCCGGCAUGGAAAGAUCAAGACAUCUUCUGGGAGGACGUGGAACGGCACAAGAAUUUCCAUGGAAAAACUUUCCCAGCAAAGUGUGGUAGAGAAGUAUGGGUCCAGGGCCACGAAGACGAUUUCAGCACUGGAAGAGCUGUGGGGUACAAAGCUAGGCUACGUUUUGACAACAUAAACAAAAAGCCAAAGUUCGAGCUUGAAAUACCCGUGUCUCAAAAAAGCUCCAGACUUCAUCGGAAAUUUGGUUUCAAUCGAUUUAUGGAACUUAAGCUGCUAUUCGGCGAUGGAUGUAAGUCAACCCUUCAGGACAAGGAUAAGAAAAGGGCACUCGCGAGAUGGUUAGUCCAUAAGCACCACCUCUUUUUGCAUUAUAAAUGGGCGGCAUUUUUCAUUGAGGACAUGAAACCAAAAAAAGAAAAGGCUGGUUUGACCACACCUAAGAUGACUGGCAAGCGCGUUGUUUUAUUCGCAGAGCAAGGGGCAGGUCUCAACUUUAGUUGUAUGGCCCCUAAAACAACCAGCCAUUCCAACAAUUUAUCAGCAGUCAUGUCAGUUAAUCCCGUAUGCGACAGGUUUUCUCUACUAGACUGGCUGUUGCAGCUCGAUUCCAAUCUGCACCGACCUUAUAUCAAACUAUUCCAUCGAAUUUCAUUAGGUCUCAGCAAGACAACCCCGACUAUUCUUCUUAUGGAAGACUCGAUAUGGCAUCGACCCACAGACAUUGAAUCUCCGAAUCACAAGCCUAUGAACGAUGGUAUUGGCAGAAUUUCUCACUCGCUCUUGAGGGAGGUGCGAGACAUUAUGGGCCUAGACUUUCUACCCGUAGCCAUUCAAGCUAGAAUUGGUGGUGCCAAAGGGUUAUGGAUGUUGGAUUCAACUCCCUUCUCUUCAGACAAGCGGUGGAUCGAGAUAUAUCCCUCCCAAAUAAAAUGGGAUUGCAAUUGGUCUGAUCCCGCCCACCGAACCUUGGAAAUAGUUUCCGUUUCUUCUUACGGCGGGCCAGCCACUUUGAAUCUUCAAUUCAUCCCAAUCUUGGAAGAGCGAGCGAUUGAUCGAGAACUCAUGCGCAGAACCAUUGACGAGCGCAUAGAUCAGCACCUGCGGAAGGAUCUGGACCAUGCCAAAGCAGCCAUGGAGACGCCUGAACUCUUUCGAAAAUGGAUCCGUGACACUUCCUACACCACGUUUGGGGAUAGCCACGAUGGUAUGUCUUGGUUCAUUGGGGGUUUGCCGAGAGACUGGUCCGGGAUAAUGAGCUUCCUUGCUGAUGGCGGUUUCGAGCCAAGGAGACUUGAGUUUCUAAAUGAAAUAAUGUUCAGACAUCAAAUGAGCCGUUGGCGACAGAUGGAAGCCAAGCUUCAUAUCGAAAUUGCCCAGUCAACCUCCGCCUUGAUGACUAUCGACUUCUUGGGGGUCCUUGCACCAGGUGAAGUCCAGCUGUGUUUUUCACCGGCGUUUGAUGAUGGAAAACAGAGUCUUGAUGAUCUUGGCGGACUUGAUGUGCUCGUUGCUCGCUCCCCAGCACAUCUUCCUAGUGAUAUUCAGAAGGUAAAGGCUGUUUUCAAGCCAGAACUACGACAGUUCAAAAACGUCAUUAUAUUUUCCUCUCUAGGUGAUGAAUCACUAGCUUCUAAGCUAUCGGGAGGAGACUAUGACGGAGACAAGGCCUGGGUUUGCUGGGAUCCGGACAUAGUAAACAAUUUUGAGAGUGUCGACAUGGCCUCCAAGGUCUCCUUCGAAGAGUACUUCCGGCCCAACAUUCAGAAUGCAGGAAUCCUGGCGUCUCGAUACGGCAAGCCUCAUUACUUAGACGCACUUUUGGAAGAAGCCUUCAGCUUUCGCCUCAGCCCCUCAUUCAUGGGCAUUUGCACUAGCUAUAAGGAAAGCCUAGCAUACGACGAGAGAAGUAUCAGAAAUGAGACCACCGUCAGACUAAGCAUGCUUUUGAGUGAGCUUGUGGAUCAAGAGAAGAGCGGGUUCGAAUUUGACGACAAUGUUUGGUAUCGUAUCAGGAAGGAUAUGUGUGGUGGCAAGAUGUUCCUGAAAGCCCCAGCCUAUAAAAGCGGUGACCUUGUAGCUUUAGCUACCUCCAACCAGAUUAUCGACAUUCUCAAGCAUUCCAUGCACGAGCGGAUACAGAACGGACUAAAGAAGUUUUCCACUUACCGCCUUAGUUCUGGCAUUGGUCCUGAUAAACCUGUGCUUACCACGUUUGAUAUGGACCUCGUCAGCUAUUGGAAUGACUUUGAGAAAGAGGCAGAGCAGAUCACAUCACAAUUCGAACCAUCUUCCCUAUGGUUGAAAGAUUUCCGGUCAAGUCUCAUCACAAACAUAGAUGAAUGUUUGUCGUAUUGGGGGGACAUGAUGUCUGGCAAAGAAGAUUAUCUCACCAAGGCCAUACCCGUUUACGAGCGGUGGAGAAACAUUUCACUCAAUGUUCGAUGUAACUCGCCUGUCGCCGCUAUCAUGACAUCCUUAUUCAACAAUGGAAUACGGCGUUCGAAAGGCUUGGGGCAGUGGGACCUUCUCAAAGCCAGUCUCACUUUUAAGAGGCACCAUCAACGCACUUGGUUCGUUUGGCAGAUGGCAGGUCGCCAACUGCAAUUUAUCAAAGCGUGCGCCGUCAGAGGUGCUGGAGAGAACGAUCUUUUAAUACCCAUUCCUGUGGUUUCGAGGAUGUACAGAGUCCUGCGUCCAGAUGCAAGACGAAUUGAGAGGGUCAUUGCCGAUCAAGACCGGGACUUCGAAAAUGAUCCAUAA